AUGUCAGGUCCCGGUGUUGGUUUUGAGUACCCGCCCGUCGAGGUCAAGUGGCUGCAGCGCGACGUCCUACUAUUCGCCAACACUAUCGGCGCUACCGUUGAUGAGUUACACUUCCUUUACGAGUUCGACCCCAAUUUUGCCGUCUUCCCUACCUACCCCGUCAUUCUUCCUUUCAAGAAGGACUCCCAGGAAGUAGUCGACUAUUACAAGGCCAGCAAAGCCGUUCAGAUCCCUGGUAUCCCCAAGCUCGACUACACGCGUGUUGUCGAUGGCCAGCGAAAGAUAGAAUUCCUCAAGGCCCUCCCAACCACCUCGGCCGGCCGCAAAUUUGAAAUCCGUCAAAAGGUCAUUGGUGUCUACGACAAGGGCCGUCCCGGAACUGUCCUCGAGACCGAGACCAACCUGGUAGACGUCGAGAAGGGCGAGGUGUACACCCGCGUCAUUAGUAGUGGCUUCUUCAUCGGCCAGGGCAACUGGGGCGGUCCCAAGGGUCCCGCCACUAAGAACUACCCCCCGCCAGAAGGCAAGGCUCCUGACGCUACGAUUGAGGUUCAGACCACGGCCGAGUCAGCGCUUCUAUAUAGGUUAAACGGUGAUUACAACCCGCUGCAUGCUGACCCUGCGCCCGGGCAGAAGAUGGGUUUCGGAGGGACGAUUAUGCACGGGUUAUAUUCGUGGAAUUCAACGGCUCAUGCACUGUUGAAAGAGCUGGGUGGUGGAGAUCCUGCCAACAUCAAAGAGUAUCAAGCAAGGUUUGCUAGUCCUGUGAGGCCGGGCGACAAGUUAGUUACGCAUGCGUGGGUUACGGGAGAGAAGCAAGGCGAAUGGUCUGAGGUAAGGUUUGUCACACAGGUUGCUGGGGGUAAGGUUGUUUUAAGUAAUGGAUUGGCUUUGAUGAAGGUUACUAGCCAGGGAAAGAGCAAGCUGUAG